AUGACUAUGACUCGGCGAUCGUGGCCUACGUGGCUACAGUAUGUGGCGGUGAUCUUGGCUCUUUCAGCGCCCAUUUGUGGAAACGGAUUCCAGAAUGCCGCUUCAUGGGAUGAAGGGAUGGCCACACCUCGAGGAGUUUGUCCCGUGCAGUCGUCGCGGCAGGUCGAGGCGGAUUUAUUUCGUGAUCCCACUUGCGCCAAGGGGACCAGGGACGGAUACCAGGCACAAAUGGGCCAUGACCCAAAGAAGUCGGCUGUUAGCCAAACAAGCGAGGAUAGGAGGAACAGCGCCUCCACAGUGACUGUCUCUACUGGAGCUGGAGCAGAAACCCCAUCGCCUGCUGGAGGACAUGAGACGGAUCACGACGCGGACACAGAUUCUCUCCUCGACGGCGCGAGUUUCCUGUCCUUUGAGGACUGGAAAAAGCAAAAUCUGGCCAAGGCCGGGCAGUCGGCGGAAAACGUUGGGGGUGGUAGACGUGGAGUCGCGGUUGGGAAAGAAGGUCGGCGACAACCGGGUAUCAACAAUGCGUUGGACUCAUUGGGAGACGAUGGAGAAAUUGAACUCGACUUUGGUGGGUUUGGUGCAGAAACCCCAGAGGCAAGUCCGACCGCAUGGGGCACGCCUAUUCCUUCGCAGCCGGUUAUCCCCGUGAAGGUCGAUGACCGUGGGGAUGCUCUCACGCUGAGUCCACCUCAGCCAGAUGGCUCGCGGCGCAAAGAUGCUGGUACCACGUGCAAAGAACGAUUCAAUUAUGCGUCCUUUGAUUGCGCGGCAACGGUGCUGAAGACCAACCCGGAAUGUAAGGGAUCUUCCGCGGUACUUGUCGAGAACAAGGACAGUUACAUGCUGAAUGAGUGUCGCGCAAACAACAAGUUUCUUAUUCUGGAGCUUUGUGAUGACAUCCUGGUUGACACCGUUGUUCUCGCCAACUACGAGUUCUUCAGCUCCAUCUUUCACACGUUCCGCGUGAGCGUCUCGGACCGGUACCCUGCCAAACCGGAUCAGUGGAAGGAGCUUGGUGUCUUUGAAGCCAGGAACACGCGGGAGGUACAGGCCUUUGCGGUAGAGAAUUCCUUGAUUUGGGCUCGGUAUCUGCGAAUCGAAUUUUUGACCCACUACGGUCAUGAGUUUUAUUGUCCUAUCAGUCUGAUCAGGGUCCACGGAACGACGAUGAUGGAGGAAUACAAGCACGAUGAGAGCGUGAACCGGGCUGAACCAGAACUUGAGCAAGAAGUUGGCGAAACCGCGGAUGAAAUUGCCCAAACCGAUGCUCCGCAGCUCGAGUAUGCGGCGGAGGAGCCUCUCGCUGUGAUCCCAGAGCGAGAUGUUGAGGAUCAAAUAUGCCCUAAUCCUCUCGCAGAGGUUCUAUCGUGCCUCUCAGGCAAAUCAUCUUUCUGUGCGUCCGGAAUGUGCACUCUGGCCGAGGAGACUCUGGCUCGUAAUGCGUCGCACGUUGCACCGAACAGUCACACAAAGAUGCCCGUUGAUACGGCCACCAUUCUCGCGCCAGGCGAGGGAGCUUCCGCCUCGCCUUCUCACUCACUUCCUCCUCCUAAAGCGCCUAAAAUGCCCGAAGGUCACCAGAGAUCAGUCAUACCAAAGUCUGCCGUGCCGACUCCCAAAGCUACAAUGCCCGCCCCAGAUCACUCUCAGCAAGAUCACAAGACUGAAAGUUCCGGGAAAAUGACGAUGAACUCCCGCGAAGAACAGCAGAAUAAUGGUGCUCAUGAACAGACCCGCCCAACUUCGACCCAUCCGCCUGCGUCCAACCCAACCACACAAGAGUCCUUCUUCAAGUCCGUGCACAAACGACUGCAGAUGCUCGAAUCCAACUCUACGCUGUCUCUCCUCUACAUUGAGGAGCAGUCUCGUAUCCUCCGUGAUGCGUUCAACAAAGUCGAGAAGCGCCAGCUCGCCAAGACCUCCACCUUCCUAGAGAACCUCAAUAGCACGGUGCUUAAUGAGUUGAAAGAAUUUCGCGAACAGUACGACCACGUCUGGAAAUCCGUUGCGUUUGAGUUUGAGCAUCAACGCGUUCGAUAUCACCAAGAAGUGCGCUCCCUUAGUGCCCAGCUCGGUGUCCUCGCCGAUGAGCUUGUGUUCCAAAAGCGAGUCAUCAUGAUUCAAAGCAUCCUGGUGUUAUGUUGCUUUGCCGUAGUUCUCUUCUCGCGAGGAUCAGUCGGUACAUAUAUGGAGUUUCCUCGUGUCCAGCGCAUCGUCGCACGGUCUUACAGUUUACGAUCUUCGUCUCCGCCCUUCGAAUCCCCGACCGCCAGUCCUGGAUCACCCCUACCACCUUCGUCCUACCCUCAACAUCCUGUCCGUCGAAGGAGCCUUUCAGAUAGCUCUAUAUCGCCGGAGAGCCCGAGUAGUCCAGACGUGGCCUAUGUUCCCCCCACACCUCUAUCGGAAGCCACUCCAGAAUUUGCAGAUAUGGACGAAGAAAAACGCCGAGCAUCUCCUUCGCCGGAGCUGAUGUCCGUACCUUCAUUGGGUACACCUCACUUCCGCUCGCACAGCACUCCACCCGUGCUCAACACGCGUGCCUCGCAAUCCAGUCUGUGUCGCGAGGAUGAGGGCGACGUGGUAAAAUCCUCGGACUCGAGCGAUUCUGAAGACGACCCGCAGGAAGAUUGA